CUUUUAUCCGGAACAAACAAUUCUCACUUCAAAUCCAAGCCCCACACUAGAUGACACCGUUAUUUUGUCAUCCUUUUUCAAGACAAUCUCUCCGCAAGAUCGGUAUACAACCGCUCAGUACAGCUGUGCUAACAUGCCAUCAUGUCCUUCAGCAAGUCCAUCUGGCUGGUUGUACUGGUAGCCGUCUUUUAUCCGGAACAAGCAAUUCUCAUUUCAAAUCCAAGCUUCACAUCAGACAACGCCGUCAUUUUGUCAUCUCUUUUCAAGACAAAUUCUCCGCAAGAGCUGCACCCAACCGCUCAGUACAGCCAUGCUAACGUGAAUCCAUUUCUACAAGCCCUUCCCACGGAGAAGCUUCUACGACGAUAUCGCCGAAGUGCAUCACCGAGACGUCGCCACAGGCGUCGAAGACAUAGGCCCAGACGUCGAAGACAUAGGCCCAGACGUAGACGACACAGACCCAGGCGCCAUCGACAUAGGCCCCGGCGCCAUCGACACAGGCCCAGGCGCCAGCGACACAGGCCUCGACGUCGACGUAGGCCCAAACGCCCUCGACGUAGACCUAAACGCCCUCGACGUAGGCCCAAACGCCCUCGACGUAGGCCCAGACGUCCUCGACGUAGGCCCAAACGCCCUCGACGUAAACCUAGACGUCCUCGACGUAGGCCCAGACGCCCUCGACGUAGGCCCAGACGCCCUCGACGUAGACCUAAACGCCCUCGACGUAGGCCCAGACGCCCUCGACGUAAGCCUAAGCGCCCUAGACGUAGACCUAAGCACCCUAGACGUAGACCUAAACGCCCUCGACGUAGGCCCAAACGCCCUCGACGUAGGCCCAAACGCCCUCGACGUAGGCCCAGGCGUCCUCGACGUAGGCCCAAACGCCCUAGACGUAGACCUAAACGCCCUCGACGUAGACCUAAACGCCCUCGACGUAGGCCCAAACGCCCUCUACGUAGGCCUAAACGCCCUCGACGAAGGCCCAGACGCCCUCGACGUAAGCCCAAACGCCCUCGCCGUAGGCCCAAACGCCCUCGACGUAGGCCCAAACGCCCUCGACGUAAGCCCAUACGCCCUCGACGUAAGCCCAGACGCCCUCGGCGUAGACCCAAACGCCCUCGACGUAGGCCCAAACGCCCUCGACGUAGACCUAAACGCCCUCGACGUAGACCUAAACGCCCUCGACGUAGGCCUAAACACCCUCGACGUAGACCCAAACGCCCUCGACGUAGGCCCAAACGUCCUCGACGUAAGCCUAAGCGCCCUAGACGUAGACCUAAACGCCCUCGACGUAAACCUAAACGCCCUCGACGUAGGCCCAAACGUCCUCGACGUAAGCCCAAACGCCCUCGACGUAAGCCCAAACGCCCUCGACGUAGGCCCAAACGCCCUCGACGUAAGCCUAAGCGCCCUAGACGUAGACCUAAACGCCCCCGACGCAGACCUAAACGCCCUAGACGUAGACCUAAACGCCCUCAACGUAAGCCCAAACGCCCUCAACGUAAGCCCAAACGCCCUCGACGGAAGCCCAAACGCCCUCGACGUAAGAGUACAAAACAGAAAGGUCGGAGCGGUAAACGACGAAAUGGGCGCAAGAGCAAAAAACGAAAUCCAUCCAAGCGUCAGCGAAGACUGAAGCAAAAAAGGGGUCGGAGAAAUAGGUCACCACAAACUAAUCGAACAAAACAAAAUAGAAAGGGCAGAACGAAAGGAAAACCGAAGAAGAAGAAGAGCGUACUAGCUAGGGUUGCUCAAAGGAUCAAAAAAUUCUUUGCUGGUCUGGGGCGAUCCCCUUCCAAAAAGACAGCACAGUCAAAAUCCAAGCGUUGGCAACGGAAUAAAAAACAAACAGAAGGCGCCACGGGUCGGCAAUAA